CCAGAUUGGUUUGUAGCGCGCAGGUAGGAGGAUCUGUUUUUCUUCCUUCAGCCUUCCAGUGCGGCUCCGAACUGGGUAAUGAUAAUAUAAACUAAAACCAGACAGCAGAUCAGGCACCUAUGACUUCCUCAACAUAUUUUGCAUCCCUGUUGGAAGAAUGGAUUUUUUUUAAAUACCUGGAGAAAUAUUUUUUAUAUGUGCUUAUCUAUUCAACAAUGCUACUUGUAGUGAUCCUGACACCUUUUAUCAUUCCUUUGUGUAUCCUCUUCUUCGUUUACCUUUCUUCUUUCUUCUUCCUGAUCUAUCAGAGGACUCAUAAACUACAAGAAGAUUAUUCCAGUAAUACAUGGGAUAGUGUGCGACUAACUGUAGCAAACAAGUGGGAUGGAUUUGCAAGAUUUUGGAAUGGUUAUGAGCUACAUGGCAUAGAAAACCUGCCAGAUGGACCAGGUCUAAUUAUUUAUUAUCAUGGAUCGAUUCCGGUAGACUACUUAUACUUUUUAAAUAGAUUGUUUAUUCUGAAACGCAGACUUUGCUACUCAGUGGCUGAUGAAUUUGUCUUCAAAUUACCAGGUCUUAAACCACUAAUAGAUUUUAUGUGUGUUAUCCGUGGUACAAAGGAAGAGUGUUUAAAUAUUCUGAAAAAUGGUCAUUUAGUGGGACUUUCACCAGGAGGAGUUCGAGAAGCACUCUUCAGUGAUCAGUCAUACAAGCUUUUGUGGUGUAAACGGAAGGGCUUUGCUAAAGUGGCCAUAGAUGCUAAAGUGCCUAUAAUUCCAAUGUACACCCAAAAUGUACGUGAAGGAUUUAGGACCUUUGGAAGUCUCACAUUAACAAGGUGGUUAUAUGAACAUGUAAAAAUACCAGUCCUUCCUCCAUAUGGUGGACUUCCAGUCAAAUUUCGGACAUAUAUUGGAGAACCCAUUCCAUAUGACCCAAAUAUAACUGCUGGGGAAUUAGCUUAUAAGACAAAGGCUAAACUCCAGUCGUUAAUACAAAAGCACCAGCAAAUUCCUGGAAACAUCUGCAAUGCUUUAAAGGAAAGAUUUCAUGAAGAAAAGAAAAGCGAUUAGAAUUUAAUUGUCAAUUGUAAAUUUGUAAUGCUAUGACCCAGUGCUUUUCUCCAGGUAUAACUUUUUGAUCAGUGAAGAGAACUACCCUGUAUGCAGGAUCUGCACCAUCACUUCAGUUGAGAGGUUCCCCCGUGUCUGAAGGUGGGGGAGGUGGUCAGACUACUGAUGUGAGGUGGCAGCCUGCACACAGGAGAGCUCUGUUGCAUACCAAACAGUUAACUUUCCUCAAAACUAUUAAGAUUUCAAUUCCAUAGAAGGUAAAGAAGUGCAAGCUAUUUUUUUGUAAAAACCCCCCUAUUAUGUGGCUUUCAAAAUCUAUUUUUUUCAUGCAGCAUACCACAACUGAUUUCUUAUAUCUUGUGGAGAGAAUAUUAUUUAUGUAUUAUAAAAAACACAUUUUGCAAUCAGAAAAUAACCACUUGGUGACUAUAAACUUAUGUGGCUGCACUUUGCUUUCAACACUGUAACAGUUUUCAGUGAUGAAAAAACAAAACCUUAAUAUUGCAUUUUCAGUGUUAUAACUUUGAAUGAGAAAAAGACUAGAGCUAUAACUUUUUGUUGAUUAACCUGUUGAUCACUUAAUAAGUGCCUCCAAUUAAUCUGGAAGGAUAUUUUUAAAAUGUAUUUUAAAUACAAAUAUUUAUAGCAGUUGUGGAUAGCAGGUAUAGUAGGGAGUGGUAUACAUUAGUAUGGUAAUAGAAUAUUUCUAUGCAAUAUGCAUAAAAUAUCUAAAAUAAGAGUAAUAUGCUGUUUAUUUCAGAAUUAUUAUACUGCAUUAAGAUGUAGCUAAUUAAUUUAUUUAGCCAUUACAAUUCUUGCACUCAA